AUGUAUUGUAAUCCAAGAUUCUCCAAAUUUUCUUUUUACAAUGAUGAGCUUAAAAACUUGCUUACACAUUCUUCACGAAGAACUGGUUGCGAUUUAACCGAAAGAUAUUAUUACGAGAAACUAUUUAAUUUUAUAAGGAAGUCUAAUACAAGAUCAAGCUAUUACGAUUUUAUUUUUUUACCUGUCGAAGCGCAAAUUAUGGAAUGGAUUGCCUUUAAUGUAGCACAAAUUUUACAAAUCCAAAAGGAUGUAACUUACGCGUACGUAGUAAAAUCUUUGGAUCAUAUCGCACUAGAGAUACAAAAUUAUCUGAAAGAAAAACAUCCAGGACAUUCAAUAUUUUCGACGUCCGCUGAAACUUUUUCUUAUUGGAAAAACAAUAAUAUAGACGAUAAUCACUGGAACGAAGCGGAAGGAAUUCAAAUUAUCGAUGCAUUGGACGAAUACAUAUUUGGCAAAUUAAAUUUUCGACCGUGCAAAGUGAACGAUACAAAUUUGGAAUACAUGUGUAUAGAUAAUGUACUAAAAAGUAGAUAUGGACAAGAAACUAUUUUAUUAAUAAUAUAUCACAGCGUGGCAAGAAGACUUGGUCUACGUUCCGACAUUAUGGGAUUCCGUAAUCGAGUAGAACUAUCUCACUGUAUAUAUUGGAAAUCCAAAUAUAACUUGAAUAAUCCAAAAAAUGUAAGAUGUUUUAGUUUCAUUUUUCACAAACUCUCAGAUUGUCGUGUCUAUAAACCACUGUAUCGGAAGAUGUUGCAGCAUUUAAAUUGUGUUGAUUCUUUACCACGCAAAAGUUUUGGUCGAAUAUCACCACGUGAACUGCGACACAACAUACUGCUAAGAGUUGCGGAUUUGACAUACCACUAUAACAACAUUUCUCAGAUUAUGCAGCGUAGUAGAAUUUAUUCAUUUAAAUCGAGUAACUUUGAAGUCAAAGAACUUCGUUUAAAAACAACAGGGCAAUUCAUUAGAACAAAAAACGUAAAAUAUGCGGUAGGAAUGAUCGUAACACAUCGUGGUGAUUGCAAUAAUUGCGACGGCGUCAUAAUCGGAUGGGAUCGUCAUACAGACAGACGUUAUGAAAUUUUUACACAAGAUCUAUAUAGCAUUAGAUGGCUUAGAGAAAGUUAUUUAAGAGAUAGAAACUUUUUGCCUUUGAAUCAUUGUAACAAUUAUCAAUUUACAAAGCAGCAAACAAAUUAUAUUAUUCUUACCAAUAAUAAUAAAAUAUGUUACGUAAAUGAAGGUAAUCUCACUUUAGCAGCGCCGAAAUGGAUCGAUAAUUCCGAAAUUGGUCGCUAUUUUUGUAGAUUCGAAAAUACGCAUUACGUACCAAAUGAAAUGCUAACGAAACUUUAUCCGGAAGACUCCGCUGUAAUUACAUAGAGGACAAAAUCUGCGAAUUAAUAUUAUGCAUAACAUUAUGCAAUAUUUAGAAGAAAAGUUUUAAGAAAUUUUAUAUUUUAAGACUAAAUAUUAUAUAGUGUAAACUAUGACGUUAUUAUAGUGUAAAUUCUGUUACCAUAUAUAAUAGCUUUAUAAAAUUACGCUAAUUUACUUUUUUUAUGUACUAUAGAGCAAGAAAAGCGUGCGCUACGCAUGCGCCAUUUCUCAAUUUUAUAUUAACUUUUACUU